AUGGCUGCUAACUCUGAUGUUGACUCUAAAGCUGUAUACUGUCGACUCCAGGAAAAUAAAAUUAUCAACGUUAUAUCGAGCGACUGUGUUGAUCUAAAUGAUGUGACUUUCCAAUGGAGCGCCAUACAUAUACAUUUGUUCCACGGAUUAAAAUUUGUUGCCCUAUUGCUUACAGUAGUACCUGUAUGUAUAAUCUUUGGCUCUAUAAAGAUUAUUGUUCAACGCCGACGUAGGUUUUGCCUUGAUCAUGUGAACAGAAUUUUUUUAAGACAAAGUUCCUGGAUUCUCGAUGAAAGUAUUUGUCAAUACGUGCUUAAUCCUUUGUUUGUUUGUUUAUACCCUUCUACUUUUUCUGAUCCGACUUAUGUCAAAUAUGAGGUUUCAGUAGAGGAUCAGGAAUCUCCAGAGAAUACUAUUUUCCAAGAUCGUCGACUAAAGGCACCUACCGUAGUGGAUACAAAGUUUUACCAAUAUGUUAUGCCAGAGGGAUUUAAUCCCACCAUAGAUCCAGUUUUAGUGUUUUAUCACGGGGGUGGUUAUGCCCUUAAAUUGACCCCAACAUCGCUGUCAUUUUUGAACAAUAUGCGAAACGCUUUCCCUAAGAUGGCUAUCCUUGUUCCAGAUUAUACAGUUACAGCUACCGAUGACCAGUCGAAGAAGUAUCCACUACAAAUUUUACAGAAUGUGGCCAUUUUUGAUUAUGUCGUCAAUACUAUGGGUUGCAAGAAUGUGGUGAUUAUGGGAGAUUCCGCUGGUGGUAAUGCAGUUUUAAACAUUGUUUUGUAUUUGAGAAAGUGUCACAGGAAAAUCUAUCCAAGAAAAGUCAUCGCCAUAAGUCCCUGGGCCAAUGCCACUUUUUUUCAUGAAGGAGAAAAGGAAUACAUGCAACAAAAACAGGAAUGGGAUGGCCUAUGUUUGAAGAGCCAUUCGAUGUUUGGGAGAAUGUUUGUGGGGAGCAACCCAGACAUUGAUUUCACUCGUGAUCCUUUUGUGAACAUUGAAAAGAACUUCGAUACAAAAGCAUGGCAAGAUAUUUUGGAAAAGUGCUCCGUGAUGAUUACCUACGGUAGUGACGAGUUGUUGAGCUUUCAAAAUAAGAUCCUGGCAAAAAAAAUGAUCGAAGCUAGUGAGGGAUUCGAUUACUUUACCUCUGAAAAUGUACUACUCGAACAUCAAGGUUACCACACGGGACCUAUAUUAAACUAUUCUCGUAAUAUGGAUCGAUGGACAAGCAUACCAUCUAUCGCUCGAAUCCUCAAGUUUAUGCAAUCCUAA